GGCGGGGCUUAUCGGAAUACGGUGUGUGAAACAAAAAACCCGAGUGCUGUAGUCUCUAUUCGUAGAAAAUGUCAACAGUCAAAACUAACUAAUAAAGUACGGCUCGUUUUUUGUUUUAAAUCGAACUUUAGAUAAUCUGUUAGUUGUUUUAUUUUGAAUCUGCGUCUUUAAACCAGAUGUUCUGCCGAAAUGACAACAACAGUGUGGAUAAUCCUGGCCGUCACUCUGCUCUCUUAUCGGAGCGAGUGCCACGAGGCCGUCCUGCACGUUUCUGAUUGGAUCCUUCAAAAGGAGUACUGUCUCGUUUACAACGCAUCAUGGUCCAACAUCUCCAGCUCUCUUACUGAUGCUGCGCGGUACAGGCUGGUGAACAAGACGUCGACCACGCUGUGUGAUGCGAGCGGAGUAGAGCCGGGCUCGCUGAAGGGCGUGGCGGUGUGUGUGAUGCGAGGAGGCUGUGGCUUCAGUCAGAAAGCUCAGGUGGCUCAGCAGCUCGGAGCCGCAGUUCUUCUCAUCGCCAGCAAAGAGGCCAUGAGGACUCCCUCAGCCAAUGACAGCGAGUACGAUAAAGUGACCAUUCCUCUGGCGCUCAUGAGGUACCGCGACUUCCUGGAUAUGCAAAAGGUGUUUACAGAUAAGAUGGAGGUGCAGCUGUAUGCUCCGCCCACCGCUGAAUUUGACGCCAGCAUCAUCAUCAUGCUCGUGAUCGCCGUCUUCACCGUGGCUAUGGGCGGCUUCUGGAGCGGGGCCGCUGAGAAGGAAAAGCAGAGUGUGACGGUGCUUUCUGCAGGAGAGGAGCGAUCAGACAGCGGGGAUCUUACACUCUACUCCCCGUUGAAGGUGCUGCUGUUUGUCGUGCUCAUGUGUGUGAUGCUCGUCCUCAUGUACUACUUCUACAGGUACCUCGUGUAUGUGAUCAUCGCCAUCUUCUGCCUGGCCUCGGCCACUGGACUCUACAGCUGCCUCGAGGCACUACUGAAUGCAGUGGGGUGCAGUAAGUUCAGUGUGUCGUGUGGGGAGAAGAGCUGCUCUGUGAGGAAUCUGCUGCUUGGUGCUGUGUGCAUCACUCUGGCUGUGGUUUGGGGUGUGUACCGAAAUGAGGACAGGUGGAUCUGGAUCCUGCAGGACGUGCUCGGGAUUGCUUUCUGUCUGAACUUCAUGAAGACCAUCACACUGUCUAAUUACAAGAUCUGUGUGAUCCUGCUCAGCCUGCUGCUCGUUUAUGACGUCUUCUUCGUCUUCAUCACGCCGUUCCUCACACCUAAUGGAGAGAGUAUAAUGGUGCAAGUCGCUCUUGGCCCUGGUGCUGGAGGAGAAAAGGGCAGUGGUGAUGUGAUGGUUCCAGCAGAUCCCACACCCACAUAUGAGAAAUUGCCCGUGGUGAUGCGUAUUCCACGGUUUGCGGCAUGGGCUGAGAACCUGUGUGAGAUGCAGUUCUCCAUCCUCGGAUAUGGUGACAUCAUCAUUCCAGGUCUGUUGGUGGCGUACUGUCACCGGUUUGAUGUUUGGACUGGCAGCUCGAACAGAAUCUACUACGUCUCCUGUGCUGUUGCGUACACUCUGGGCCUGGUGUUGACCUUCGUGGUGAUGUUGUUGUCUAAGAUGGGUCAGCCAGCUCUGCUGUACUUGGUCCCGUUCACUCUGCUCACCAGCGGCCUGCUCGCCUGGAAGCGCAAAGAGUUCAAACAGUUCUGGGCCGGAACCACCUACCAGGUGUUGGACUCAUCCAGGGAACCUUUAAUACCAGAUGGAGAUGCUGAAUAUUCCAGCGCAGUGAGGAAGUGCUGAUCGGCUGGAUUUAGACGCGUGUGUGAGUGCGUGAGUGUGUGUGUGAGUGCGUGAGUGCGUGAGUGCGUGAGUGUGUGAGUGCGUGCGUGAGUGUGUGUGAGUGCGUGAGUGAGUGCGUGAGUGAGUGCGUGAGUGAGUGCGUGAGUGAGUGCGUGAGUGAGUGAGUGCGUGAGUGAGUGCGUGAGUGAGUGCGUGAGUGAGUGCGUGAGUGAGUGCGUGAGUGAGUGCGUGAGUGAGUGCGUGAGUGAGUGCGUGAGUGAGUGCGUGAGUGAGUGUGUGUGUGAGUGAGUGUGUGUGUGUGUGUGCUGAGCACUUUAAGCCCUGUGAUUGGCUUUAUCAGGACCAAUACAGUCUUAUCGCUCUCUCUUUAAUAAACAACUUUAAUAUCUAUUUUCAAAAAGGCCUUAAUCACUGCCUCAGGCUCCGCCCACAACGCACGUCAACACGUGAUCAGGUUGUUUUACAGACAGUGUAAAGACACGGUGACCGUGGAAACGAACCUGAAACAUCCAAAACAUCAACAUUUCCCUCAAAAUGCGCUGGAAAAUUAGUAAGAAAGUUAUUUUUACUCAGAAAAAGUAACGGAUUACAGAUGAGUAAUUAGUGCUUUAAAACUGUAAUCUGAUGACGUUACUCAUUACUGCAUGUAGAAAUGAAUCAGGUUACUCGUUACCUUACCUUCACUUUACUUUCAUCACCAUCAAACCUACAGAAUACCCUACACAGUGGAACUCGGGUCUUUCAGGGAUUUUAGCGUCGGCGUCAGUCUGAUUUAUAAUAGAACCUUCCUCGGGUGUGUCGGUGUGUGUAGAACAAACAGAGCGAUAAAAUAUCAAACUUUUCUCACUAGGCUAGUCUGGGGUCGCUAGCCGAGGGGGGACACGGAUAAGCUAUCACUGUAUGGGUUUAUCUGCUACAGAGUCAUGUAGGGUUCAUUAUCCUUCCUCCUGCUCUGCUCACGUCAUGUUCACGUGAACUGGAACUCAUAUAGACGUUUACACGCCUCGUUCUCCUGCUCAGCAUCAGAGGAUGAUUCUGUUUCAGUCUCAACACCUUUACUGCUUUAAAUAAAUAAAUAAAUCGGCGUAUAUCCAUUUCCCCUCACGCUGACUGAGCUAGCGUUCGGUAGCAUUGAGAGACCGUCAGCCAAUAAGACACGAGUAUUUCCACGUAUUUCCCUGUGAACCCGUCUGAUUCUGACAGGGUGUUCCGUUUGAACGCACCUGCGUGUGUAGUUACAUUCUGUGGUGCGUUGAACACAAUCGGCGUGUUAGUGCGUCUGACACGUGCUGUGUGUUAAACACCACCACAGGUAACACAGACGUGUUCUUUCGGCUUUCCCCCCUACGAUUAUCCUGAAAUGCGGUUUGUUUGUGUGCUAAAAUUCUACUGAAAUACUCUCAAAAUAAACAAACAACAACAUGAAGUUCAGGUGACAUUAAUUAAAAUCACCAAAACGUUUGACCGAGGUAAGAAUCGGACUCGCGUCUCCCCACAGACUGAUCGGACAGUGAUUUAUGACGUUUAUUUGCUUUUCAUUUCGAACACGUCUACUGGAUAAUUGAACACAGCAGGUGUUGAAACAGUAAGAACACAGAAAGUGUGCAGGGUAUGAUUUUCUGAGCAGGAGUUUCUGAACCCAGCGUAUCUGUGACAUCAUGAGCAGGUUAUUAGUCUGAUUUCCCGCGCUCCACCUGCCCCACCGGUGAGCACACAGCACGCGAGGUGCCAGCGUCUCCAUGUGUAACCACCGCACGAUCACGUGUUGAUGCGAGGUGUAAACCCGGGCCUGUGGGUUUUUUUUUUUUUUUUAAAAGAAAUAACGAUUUCAGUGUUUCUGUAUUCAAAGUCUUCAUUCGUGUGUUCUUUUCAUGCCUUAAAUUAAAGACGGAAUGUCUGCUGAUGCCAGUAAUACGUUUGCUGUGACGUUUAAUUUGCGAUAUAAUGAGGCUGUUUGACAGAUAAAUGCCAUAAAAGCACAGUACUGUCUGAAUUCUUACUUUUACUGUCUGAGCGGUUUUAUUUUCUGAUUUAUACUGACUCAACCCCACCGCUCAAGAGCUCAACGGAGGUUUGGACGACUAAACACCUUCGUGAAGCACAAAUUCAGACGACGCAUGUAAAGAGGGGUGUAAACUUUUGAACAUGUUGUAAAAAAUAAAACUGCUGACUGAGA